UAGAAACUAAAACCAUGAACCGUAAACUCUAAAAUCGUAUAACCUAAACCCUAGAAUCAUAAGCCUUAAAAACUAGACACUAAAACCCAAAAACUUAACCCUAAACCCUAACACCUAAACCCAAUUUCGCUAUUUCUUUAUGCUUAUCAAAUGAAAUUUUCACAUAUGGAUCAGGAUGAUUAUUAUUAUUAUUAUUUGUGAUGGGUUGAGUCCUGUUUUUUGUUCUGGUCCUCAGGUACCAGCUUUCUUUCUUUUCUUUUCUUUUCGCUUCGGAAUAGUGUAACCCUAAACCACCCACCGACCCACCCUUCCUCCGCCUCCUGGUGAGUGCGGAACUACCGACGCCGUUGCUCUUCCCUGUCUUUCCCCUGUGACUUCUCUAUUUGCUGUUGGCUUUAUUCUUUUAGCUACGGCUUUCCUUUCUUGACCCCCUUCCCAUUUUCUGAGUUCUCAUCCGCCCUUCUUAGUAUUACACCAACCCUUUUUCGCUGCAUUUAAGAAUGGACGCGAGUGAUGUUAUGGAGGAAGACCUCCAUGGAAAAAUGUGCACUAAGGAUGCUAAGGUUCCGGUUACCAUUGAUGAGGUAGAGAUGAAUAACAUUAAAGAUGAGUGGAAGUAUACCCUUGUUGGAAUGGUUAUUGCUGCAAAAAAGCCACACCUUGAUGCUGUCAAAGGGGCCUUAAUGAGGGCUUGGAACCCUAUCGGUGGAUUGAAGGUUGAAGCACAGUCGCAAGGAUACUUUCUUAUAAAGUUGUUCCAUCGCUUUGACGUUCACAUUGUGCUAAAAAAUGGCCCUUGGGGUGGUUCACGACCACUGGAUCUCACUGAAAAUGUGGUCACCAAAUAUUGAUUGCAGGCUUGGCAUCUUCUCCUUUGUGAAGACCUGGAUUCAAGUCCAUGAACUGCCCCCUCCUUAUCGGACUGUUUCGACUGCUAUGAAUCUCACGUCUCGAGCAGGGAAGCCCAUUGAAGGGAACAUCUGUGUUGGCCCCCACCCACAUCAGAAUUUUGUGCGAAUCUUGCUGUGGAUAGAUGUCACCAAACCCUUAUGCAAAGGAGCAAAAUUAUAGAGGACUGUGGAUGUGUUUUCAGAAAUAAAAUUCAAAUUCAAAAGGCUGGAUACUUUCUGUUACUAUUGUGGUAAGUUGGGGCACUCUGAUGUGAAUUGCUUGGAAUGCUUCUCAUGGAUUGAAAGUCAUAACCAUUCUCAUGGGUGCGCUGGCUUGAGGAAUUGUGCUGAGAGGGAUGUGAGGCAAUUCUCACCUACUAUGUGUGCUCCUAGAGAGGGGGUCCAAGAAUAGAGAAUCAAACAAUGACUUCCACUAUAGUGAUCGUAGUGGACCUGGUAGUGAUGGAACAAAUCUUAUUGGGCCAUCUAGACUCAUCGAUGUGGCUCCUACAAACGGUGCUCCCUUUUCCAUACACCAUCCCCAGAUUGAAGCUCCUCUUCUUGCUAGGUCAAGAGUGAUUGGAGAUCCACCCUGCACCUCCAGUUGGAAGGGAUGAGAGAAUUAUGGACAGGAGAACUCUGGAGCUGUCUUCCUCUCCUAGUGGAAGCCGAGCCGAUUCUGGCUCCAUUGGCUCAUCGGUCCAGAUCCCAUUGGAAAUAGUGGGGGCCUCUGUGUUAUGUGGUCUUCUGAUGUCGAUAUCCAGAUUCUUUCUAGCUCUUUGAGAAUGAUUGACUGCUCUAUUUGCCCUAAUGGUGAUAUGAAAAGGUGGCACCUAUCCUUGAUCUAUGGCCUUCCUUGAUCGUCAAAUAGACUUGUUUUUUGGCAUCAUUUGAGUUCUCUUGGAUCUUCUAUUGCUGCCUCCUGGCUUCUGUGUGGUGAUUUUAAUGAAGUGUUGUGUGUAGUGGAAAAGCAAGGUGGUAGAGCAAAGUCUGCUAGUCAGCUAUCUAACUUCCAAGCCUUUGUUGACUUUUGUGAACUUAUGGACAUGGACUCAAAAGGCCAGCCUUUACUUGGUCUUACCGAAGGUGGAGUGGGGGUCUUAUCAAGGAAAAGCUGGAUAGAGCCAUUUGCUCAAUUUCCUGGAGAGAUAAGUUCCCUGAUGCAGAUGUGUUGGUUGAGCCUGCUUGUGGAUCUGACCAUAGCCCGUUGAUUAUUGACUUAAAGCCUCCCCCUCCAAAUGGCAAGCACAUUUUUAGAUUUGAAGAAAGGUGGAGGAAGCUUCCAGGGUGUGAGGAAACAGUGGUCAUGUGUUGGGAAAAGAACAUGGGUGGAUCUCCUAUGUUCAGAGUUUACAAGAAGAUCGAAUUUGUCCGGUCUGGUUUAGCCAAAUGGAAGCGAGCUCAUAUUAAGGAUGUCGAUGAUGAGGUGGGAAUGAAGAUGAAGGAAAUUCAAUUUAUCCAAUUUUUUCCUAGUCAUCCUCACUUGGCUGAAAGGGAAGAGAUUGCCCAGUCUGAACUAUCAUUCUUGCUUGACCAACAAGAGUCCUUGUGGAGGCAAAAAUCUAGAAUCCAGUGGCUAAUGGAAGGAGAUAGGAACACCAGUUUUUUUCAUUCCUCUACCCUUCAGCGUAGAAGUAGAAACAAGAUAAAAAGGCUAAAAUCUCUGAGUGGGGGGUGGAUUGAAAAUGAGGGGGAGAUUGAUAGGGAGAUUUUUCAGUUCUUUGGUGAGUUGUAUUCAUCUUAGGGAAACUAUAAUCUUGAAGAUGCGCUUCAAUUUAUUGUGCCAAGAUUUUCGGAUGAGAUGAACGUAGAAUUGUGUGCUCCAAUUUCAGAUGAGGAGGUGAAGGAGGCGGUGUUUUCUAUAAACCCCCUUAAGUCUCCAGGUCCUGAUGGUCUCCCUCUGAUCUUCUUCCAAUCCUAUUGGUCUUGUAUUGGACCGGAAAUAUGUAUGGCUAUGCGUUCCUUCUUCGAAUCGGGGUUCUUGCUUAAAUAUUUGAAUAGAACUCAUAUUCUGCUUAUUCCCAAGGCCAUAGAUGCUGAGAGGAUUGAUCAAUAUAGACCCAUCAACUUAUGCAAUGUGGUCUAUAGAAUUUUUGCAAAAGUAUUUGCUUGAAGACUGGAGAUGAUUAGAUUUGAUUGUUGCCCCUGAGCAAACAGCCUUUGUGGAAGGAAGGAGUAUCUCUGAAAAUGUUCUUAUUCCCCAUGAGGCCUUCCACCAAAUGAAGGGUUUGAAGUCUGGGACUGGUUAUAUUGCGGCAGUAAAGUUGCAUAUGAAGAAGGCAUAUGACACAAUUAAGUGGGACUUCCUUACUAGGAUUCUUUUGAAGAUGGGGUUGUGUGAGAAGUGGGUUAAUCUCCUGCUCCAAUGUGUGAGUACAAUUUCUUAUUCCUUCCUGAUUAAUGGGCUGCAGAAAUGGUCGAUUAUUCCUUCCCGUGGCCUUCGGCAGGGAGACCCCCUCUCCCCUAGCUUAUUCAUGCUUUGCUCUGAUUGCUUUACUUCCUUAAUCUCAGGAGCAAUUGCUAGGGGGAGCCUUCAGGGGUUGAAAGUCAGGCCGUCUAGCCCCCAAAUAACUCAUUCCUUCUUUGUUGAUGAUUGCUUUGUCUUCCUAAAUGCAAACCAUGGAUCCCUUAGAAGCUUGCGAAAUGCUAUUGAGCUAAACUGUGGUGCUUCUGGUCAGGAAGUAAAUGGUCAUAAAUCCUCUGCAUCUUUCAGCCCUAACACUCCCUUAAGGCUAAGAAGAAUCUUUGCCAAUAUUAUAAAAGUGAAUGAUCUGGUUCACCCUGGUACUUAUUUGGGCUUCCCUUAGAGAUUGGAAAAAAUAAGAUGACUUCCUUCCAGCAUAUUAAAGACAGGACUAUAAGACUGUAGGAUGGAAAGAGAAGCUCCUUUCUUAGGCGGGGAAAGAAGUUCUUUUGAAAGCUGUUGUGGUGGCUACCCCCUCCUACCAUAUGUCUCAUUUCAAGCUUCCUAAUGGUCUCCUUGAGGAUAUUGGUAAGGCAGGGUGUAAUUUCUUUUGGGGUCAAAAAGAGGAUGAAAGGAAGUUGCAUUGGGUGGCCAAAGAUUGCCUAUCUUUGCCAAAAUCUGAAGGUGGCUUGGGUAUCAAGGAUCUAAAUAUUCAGAACCAAGCUCUUCUUGCAAAGCUGGGGUGGCAAAUUCUGGUAAAAGAGGAAUCUAUCUGGGCUAGGCUUGUAAAAAGUAUUUAUUUUCCCUCGGGCUGAUUCUUAUCGGCAGAGAUGGGAAAUAGGCCAUCAUGGGCGUGGCGCAACAUUUUGCAUGGGCGGAAUCUUUUGUUGAAGGGUCUGUUAUGGGUUGUUGACAGUGGCUUUUCUAUUAAGAUUUGGAAUGAACCUUGGAUCCCUGCGAUUAAGGGCUUCAAGCUUCAUCGCCCUAGACCCCCUGAUUGUCCUUUCCAUUUGGUUUCUGAGCUGAUUGAUUGCCAUGUUCGAUGGGAUGUUGUGAAGUUGAGGAUGUUCCUUCUCCCCUUUGAAGUGGAAUGUAUUUUACAAAUCCCUAUAAGCUCGGAAAGAGGAAACGAUCGGCUAUGUUGGGGCAUGACUCCAAGUGGAGUUUUUUCUGUGAAGUCAGCUUAUAGGGUGGGAGCUCAAUCUUCCAUGUGUUACUCAAAAUCGGCUCAGAAGGCAGGCUCUAUUCCUACAGAAGUGUGGAAAACUAUUUGAAAUUCGCAGAUCCCUCCAAAAGUGAAAAUUUUUUUGUGGAGGGCAUGCCUUGGGGCAAUUGGAGUUAUGUCCUACCUUGAGGAUCGGCAUAUUGUGGAGUCUAGAACUUGUGGAGGAUGUGGUGUGGAGGAAGAAUCUAUGGAGCAUGCCCUUGUUUACUGCCCUUUUGUUCAGAAGGCCUGGUUUGUAUCGCCGGUUGCCUUGUGUACUUCUGUGUUCCCAAACCUUUCCCUUACUGAGUGGAUUUUGAAAUGGAAGGGUCCUAUAGGAUCGAAGGUUGAGAUGCAGAUCUGCUUUGCUUCUCAUGCUCUAAUGGCUUGGGAGAUUUGGAAGUUUCGAAAUUCAUGUUGUUUUGACAUCUCUUCUCCCCCCCCCCCCUUCAUGACUUGGAUUGCUAAGGUUAACAGCUAUGUUAGGGAAGUUGUGGAUCUUCUCUCUGGAUCGCUGCCCUCUUUGGUACUGAAGCAAGUUAUCGCGGUUCUCCCUUUAGCCCACUCUCAGAACUGCAUGGCCAUAUUUUCUGACGCUGCCCUAUCCUCUGUCCCUAAGGCUUUGGGAUUGGGGUGUGCUACCUUUGAUCUCUCCUUGAGGCCGUGUUUUAUUGCCUCGGCUCACCAUGCUCUAGCGCCACCUUUGGUUGGCGAAGCUUUGGCUAUCCGUCUAGCUCUCUCUUUGCCCAGAUGUGCAAGUUACUCGAGGGUAAUGGUGUUCUCCGAUUGCCUUACUCUCACAAAUAGCCUUUCUUCCCCCUCUUCCCCCCAAGCGCCUAUUGUGAGCAUUGUGCAUAAUAUAAUGUCUCUCAAAGCUCUUUUUUCCCUUUGUUCCUUUUCAUAUAUCAGCAGGUCUUGUAAUGGUUCGGCUCAUGCAGUUGCUAAAUGGACUCUUUCUUACCCUGCUGAGGGUUUUUGGAUUCCUCCUCUCCCUGGAGAGCUUGGGAGAAUUGUAUUGGCAUGUUCGCCCUUCUAUGCUGAAUAGAAAGUUUAU